AUUCGGUUAAAAGGUCGUCGACAAUUAUAUUACGUGGUGGAUGCUGUGAAAAUGCAUCGAUUAAUUAUUGCGUUUGUAUUACUUGUGUCGUGUACUUGUUAUAUAAACACAAAGAAGCCCCUCAAUAACACUAGAUUGAAGGUGAGCCGCAGUCUGCAAAAUUCUUCAAUUUCUUUGAAAAUCGUGGAUAAACAGCAUCAUUUAUUUAUAGGGCGAUGUAUCCCUUUGGAUGAUGUAUUACAUAGCGAGAACUUAAUUUUAAAUAAUGACGGAAAAAGUCAAGUCAAUGCUACUAUCCGAAUGAGCGUUGAAGGGUCUGUUUAUAUAACUUGCGUAAAAGUCUUAGACCAAGUUUCUGACGGUGAGGGUGCUUAUCCGAGUUUUGUAGGCGGCGGAGUUGGCCAUAAUUAUGUCAUAUUUAAUGUAACAGCCGCUUAUGGGAGAGGUUUCAAUUUUUAUGUCGAAAUUAAAGGAUAUUCCUUAGACGAAAAUGAUGGUGAUGUUUGAAUAUUUAUUAUUAAUCAUAAUAAAGUAGAUAAUAUCAAUAAAU